AAUUAACUAUACAAAUUGUUCAACGCAAUCUAGAAAACUCAAGAAAAUUGAAGCAAAUCACAAAUUAUCCAUAAAUAACAUGUUUAAUUGAAAGCUUCUUUCUUUCAAUUAGUUUCUUUACUCUCCACUCCAUAACAUCAACUUCAUUCUACACAAUUGAAAAGAAAAAAUUAGACAUGUCUCCACGAACAUAAAUAAGAAUAGUUGUUUAGAAUAUUAAAUAUACCGAAAAAAUUAAAUAUAUGGGUGUGCGGGUACCCACGGGUCGGAUUUACCCAAACCCAACCCAACCCAGUGAAUAGUGAACGGGUUUAAACCCAAACCCGGCCCAAAACGUGUUGACCGGGUUGGGUCAGGUGGGUACCCAUGGUUUCGGGUUUUGUUGCCAUCCCUACCUGAGUCCAACCUGGUGAAGCCUGCUGCUUCCACUACGGGGAAGAAGAAGAUUUAUCCUCCCCUAGUAUUCAAGUCAUGGCUACAGACAAUAAGAAAGGGGGUUCCAUCCCGAAGCAUGUCACUUUUUCGAUCUCUCCUGGGAACUCAAGUAGCAACCUGAUACCAGGUGGUACUGUCACGCCCAGUAACAAGGAACUUGGUGAGGCGGGAAAUGGAAGAAUAGCACCAGUUCAAAGCAUGAAAAAUUCUACGUCAGGAGUGGGCGCACUGAAAAAGAUUGAUUUUGGUCCUGAGGCUAGUGUUAAUCAUCUCAAGCCAGAAAAUGUAGACAAGACUAAGGGUUCCAACAACAAUGCUGCCCUAGGGUCUGGAGCAACGGCAAUGGCCGUUGAUAAAGAAUGAUUUUUCUCGACCUUUGAUCGAUGCAGGUGGACUUCCUCUCAUUUAUGAUGAUUAAAGUCUUUGCCUGAAAUUGUAGAGGUGCUAAGCACCACUAGUUUCACUCUACGAUGGAGUUCUACAAAGGAAUGCAUUCACCUAAUGUAGUCUGCAUUACGGAACCAAGAAUUAGUGGAGAAGAUGCGAUUGAUGUCAUUAAAUCCCUGGGAUUUGAUAAGUGGGAAGUUUCGGAUGCCGUUGGUUUCAGUGGUGGCAUAUGGUUUUUGUGGGACAACAAACAUGUCACACUUGAACAAGUGGAUUCUCACAAGUAGUUCCUUCAUCUUAAAUGCUCUAUUGAAGGGAAACACAUCGGUUUCAUAACGACUAUUUACGCCAGCCCAAAUGAGCAUGAAAGGGGUGAGCUUUGGCAUCUGAUCAGAAGGUUGGGAAGAGGUAUUAAGGACCCAUGGCUCCUUACUGGAGACUUCAACUCCAUCUCCACACCAACUGAAAAGCAAGGAGGAGCCCCCUUUAGCUUUGCCAAAUCAAGGGAGUUCAACGAGUUUAUUGAGGAUUGCAACCUUUUUGACCUCGGCUUCAUAGGGCCCCAGUUCACCUGUUUACCAGGUCGUCACGGAUCAAGGAAAGACUUGACCGAAGCCUGAGCAACCAGGCGUGAAACCAAGCCUUCCCACAGUCUACUGUCUACCACAUCAUGAAGCUAAAAUCAGACCACAGGCCGAUUUUGACAUGCUCCACCACUCAACCUGACAAGAAGAUUUUGGUGAGGCGUUUCUAGUUUCUGGCCCCCUGGCUUGCACAUGAUGAUUUUUUUUCUUUCAUCUCAUCUGUUUGGCGUAAUGGUAAUGAUCUCCCUGUUGCCUUUAGGGAUGGCAGGCCGGGGCCCAAAUCCGGGUAUCCGCCCGAAGCCCGCCCGAUAAGGGCCCACGUGGUUGUGGUUCUUUAGCCCGUCAACGGGUGGCGGGUAACCCGAAACCCGUCAACCAUGGUUUUCGGGCAGUGAUGGUAAGCCCAGUAUCCGCCCCGCGACCCGCCCCGCCCCCCGCCCGAUGGUUUAACCGUGUAAAAAACGACGGCGUUUGGAGGGCGAUAUAUAAUCUCUGCUUUCCCUUAGAGAAACCCUAGCAGCCGCCUCAUUUCCAUUCUUCACCAAACGAACAGAAACCCUAGUUUCCUUCUUUCUCUCUGCCUCCUCUCUGGCGAUUAGCGAUCAGAUCGCUAGGUAAUCACGAUCUGGCCAAUUUUUCGUCAUUUCCCCUCAUCAAAUCCUCCAUUCGACCAAUUGCAUGGCUCAAAGAGCAACCAUCCGACGAAGAUUUCGUCGGCCGCAGUCCAAAAACGAGUCGUUGCCUUGUUGGAAGUUCAAAUCGCUGAUUCUUCGAGAAAAGAUAAGUUAAUUCUGGGUUUCUUAUCUUUUCUUUCAAGCAUCUUCCCUGAUUCCUCGUUCCCCUAACUCUCUACUGAGUACUGACUCUUCUUGUACUGGUAUAUAUAGGGGGGAUUCAGAGCGCAGAGGUCGUUUCUCACCACGCCAUCUUCUGAGUUCUGAAAUCGAGAACAAGAACACCCCAGUCGAGUCAACAGAGAGCAGAGACCGAGGGAUUUAGCCGACCGCCCGAGCCUCCAGACAGAGUCCAGUCGUCGAGGGUAAGUUUCUUGAUCUCGUCUAUACUUUUUAUGAUUUAUGGGUUAGUGGUCUCAUAAUACAGACAUGCAUGCAUU